GAUAGACGCGUGCUCGAUAGUACGGAAUGAUCGCAGCGGUAUAUUUUCUUGCGGUUGCUGCAGACGAUUCGAUCCUGAAAAAAAACGGAAAAUGCACGUGGAUUUGAGCAUAAUUAAGGAGGAAAUCGACAUUGAUGACACCACGAUCAAGCUGGAGGUGGAAGAGAAUGCGCCGGAGGAGGCAAUGGACGUUUCCUGUGCGAGUGGAGCCGUGAAAAUACUUGAGGAGCAUGCCAAUAUGAUAACGGUACCACUCAGUGAUCACAGAUCGGAGGACGAGCGCCAGUUUAUAGCCAGCCUAGGUACGAUGGAUGCCCAACAGUUAUUCGCAGAAUCUUCGAAGAACCAAAAUGGCUGUGCAUGCGAGUGUCACAUUUGCAAUAUACAGUUACCCACGCAACUGGAGAUUAAGGCGCACUUGGUUAACCAUCAGAUGAACCGUCACUUCUGUCGCCAUGGAUGCGGUGCCUGGUGCGCCACUCUGGAAUUGGUGCUUGAACACGAAUAUCGACACCAUUCCCACGGCAUAAUGACGUUCUGCUGCAGGAUCUGUGAUUUAAGGGUUGAUGGCGCCGACCGCCUGGCCGGCCAUAUGAAAAGCCACUCUUAUGUGAGUCGCUACGUGUGUGCCAUAUGCCGUCGUCAUUUCUACUCUCAGAAGGGCCUGCUACUACACCGAAAGAACACCACCUAUGUCUGUGGACAGGUGGACUAUAUUCCGGUAAUCUCUGCGACUCCAGAGCACGUGGCAGCCAAGUCGGCUGAAUGUGCUGCACCAUCACCAGUUGAUCCGCUGCGCAUUGUGAAGAUCAAGAAUGAACCACUUGAUCCGCUGAGCAUUGUGAAGAUCAAAGACGAACCACUGGACGUAGAUGGGAUGGAUGCACAGCCACAGAAAGAGGUUGGGCUUGAUGUGUACAUCAAAGCCGAGCCCUUGGACGAGCCCUUGGAGACGGCCGACCCGAGCGAGGUUGCUCCCCCAAAGGAGCUGCCGGAAUCUUCGAGAGUAUCGAUCUGGGCAAGUCUACCCGUUGAGCUAAGGAGCAAGCUGCGAUUGCCUGCCUUGAAGCCCAAGCAAAAGAUACAAAAUAACCCUCGGCCACCCCUCAAAUUUGUAAAAUUGAAUGGCCCGCCAGCAUCGAAUGCCACUCCUGUUGGUGCGCAGCAGAUUUUAUUCAAAGUUUUGCCUGACGGCCAAAAAGUAAACAUUACGGAUUUGGUGAGCUUAAAGAAAAUCGCAAAUUUGAAGACGAAUGUGCAUGGAAAGCCCCCAAUGUCUUCGAAUGUACUGAAAGUGUUGCCCAGCAACUGCAUGGUCAUCAAGUUGCCGCCAAAUACAAAAAUUGUAAAGCUAUCGAAUCAGCCGAGUGCACUUGUCCCUGCAAAGGCAAAUGGUGUGCCGCUCUCGUCCCCGCAGAACGUAGCUGCUCAGUUGCCAAAUUCGCUUACAAUUAGAAAGAUAACGCGAGAAGAAACCACCUCCCCCGUUACGGCUAGUCCAGUGGAUUAUAAACCGCUUAUUCCCUGUCGGGAUCGCAGCUACAGUCUCAAGAAUCGGCCAGAAUGUUAUGAAUUGAUUACGGAAAUUCAAAAUCAAAUACGCUCCAUAGAAAAGACGCUGCCAAUGCCGGGGACCGUCUUAUUUACAAGAGAUGAUUUAACAACGACAGUAGUCGCCGAACCAGUAGUGACUACCCCAGUGACUACACCAUUACCGGGGGAGCCCUUGGAGGUGGAAGUACAACUAGAUCCUGUGGCGCAUAGGGUGAUGCAGGAACUGCGAAAGAAACACCCGGACUAUCAUUUCUUCUGGGCUUGUCCCAUCUGUGCACGCAACUAUGAGCAGGGCUACGCAUUCCGCACGCAUCUGAUUCAGGAGCAUAAGCAGAAGAGCGCCAACUUGCCAAAGCUGAAAGUGAAAUUGAAGCCCCAAAUAAAAACGUUAUGGACAGAAACGCAGGCGCCACCGAAAGAUAAUCUAGAAUCGGGCUCAAGCGUGCCAGAGCCUGCUCCAGCUUCAGAAGUGGGUGAUUCAGUCGCGGAAAAAAUAGCAGAGCCUGCAACUCCAACAAAGGAGAUACCGGUGUUUACAUCUGCCCAGUUGUCGGCCACAGCCCAGUUAGCCGCAAGACCGCCAGCCGUUUUGGCGACUUCACUAAUCGAAGCAGGAUCAUCAGAGUCCGAAACAAAGAUAUCAUAUACAUGCAGGUCCCCAGAUGUUGCCGAGACAGCGAAAAUAGAUGAAACAAAGCCAUCGCAGUUCCAGUGCCCCACGUGCCUCAAAAUAUUCACCACCCAGGGAGGCAUGCGAAUUCAUAUGUCAAUCCACACGGGUGAAAUGCCGUACAAGUGCCAUUAUUGCGACAAGCUCUUCCGCACUCCUGGUCAAGUGCGUGUCCACGAGCGCCGUCACACUGGGGAGAAACCCUUCCAAUGCAAGAUCUGCAGCCUGGAUUUUACUCAUCGAGAGACUCUCAUCUCGCACCUAUCGCGCCAUAUUGGAAUGAAGCGCUACAAGUGCUACGGCUGUGACAAGUACUUUGUUGUGGUCAGCGGCCUUCGGGCCCAUCGUCGCCUGCGGCCGGAUACGUGUGGCAAGGUUAAGUUCACGGCCCGAGCCCAUGGGCCGCGCGUGCGUGUCAUAAAAGGGGAAGUCGUCUUCGAGCCCCAGCCAAGCUACAAUGGCUACUUGCGCAGUGAAGAUCCGCUCGAGAUAUUGAAAGAGCGGGGCCAAAUCGACUCAAUCCCUGCGACCCAAGUCAAGAAGCCGCAAGCUGAGGUCGAGGCUGCGGCUGCGGCCGCGGUCGAAGCCGUAGCCGAAGCCUUGGGUGUAGAAUAGUUUUGUUUUGUUAAUAUUUCGUUUGUAAAUUUAUUUUUGCAGUUUGCCUUUGGAUUAAAAACACAUCGUUAUUAUUAAACACUCAUAAAUUGUAUACACUCAAACAAGACCAAUAAAGAAGCAAUUCGUACUGA